AUGGACAAUCUCCAAAUCUACUUGAAUAGCACCAAUGUCUACUUGAACACGACGUUGGUGGAGUAUUUCAACACAACUUUGGAUGAUUAUUUACAAUCAGAGAAUUUACCAUACCAAAUUUCAUUCUCAUUACUAGUUUCAAUCCUUGUGCCAUUCCUAUGGAUCUUCAACCGUCGUUACAACUCAUCACUAAGAGCUGAGAAAGCGGUCAAAUUUGCAAUUGAAGUUCCAUCUGAAGCUAAACCUCACUGGAAGGGGAAAAGAAUACACCCAGUAUCAAUCAGAAAUGCAGAAGAACCAGAAUUCAUUCAAUCAUAUUGUCCAGCUACUGGUCAAUUCCUUGGAAGAUACAAAAGUAACACAAGAGAAGAGAUUGAUUCAAUCAUCAAUAAGGCUUCUACUGCUCAAGAGGAGUGGAAAAAUUCAUCAUUUGUUCAACGUCGUCAAGUUUUAAGAUCAUUAAGUGAAUACGUGGUGAAGAAUCAAGAAAACAUUGCAAGAGUUGCAUGUAGAGACUCUGGUAAAACAAUGGUUGAUGCUUCAAUGGGUGAAAUUUUGGUGACAUUGGAGAAAUUGAAUUGGAUAAUCAAACAUGGUCAACAAGCUUUAAAACCUUCUAAAAGACCUGGUCCUUCCAAUAUUUUGAUGAGUUACAAAGGCGCUGAAGUUAGAUAUGAGCCAUUAGGUGUUGUCGCAGCCUUGGUUUCAUGGAACUAUCCAUUCCAUAACUUGCUGGGUCCAAUUAUUGCAAGUUUAUUCACAGGUAAUGCCAUUGUGGUUAAAUGUUCUGAGCAAGUUGUAUGGAGUUCUCAAUGGUUUAUCAAAUUAGUCCAAGCUGCUCUAAUAGCGUGCGGCCAUGACCCAAACUUAGUUCAAUUAGUGUGUUGCUGGCCAGAAGAUGCAAAUUAUUUCACCUCUCAUGAAGGCUUAUCUCAUAUUACAUUCAUUGGUAGUAAACCAGUUGCUCAUCAUGUUGUUAAAGCUGCAGCGGAAUCAUUGACACCAGUUGUUGUGGAGCUUGGUGGUAAAGAUGCCUUUAUUGUCUUGGAUGACGUUAAAGAUGUUGACGCCAUCUCUAGUAUUAUAAUGCGUGGUACAUUCCAAUCUUCAGGUCAAAAUUGUAUUGGUAUUGAAAGAGUUAUUGUCACUGAAAAAAACUAUGAUAAACUUGUAAACAUCCUCAAGGAAAGAGUCCCAAAAUUGAGAUUAGGUUCAGAUAUUGAUCAAUUAGAAGAUAUUGAUAUGGGUGCUACAAUUACUGAUGCUCGUUUUGAUGCUUUACACAAUCAAAUUGAACAAGCUGUUAGUCAAGGUGCAACAUUAUUAUAUGGGGGUGAUAAAUAUUCGCAUCCAAACUAUCCACAAGGUCAUUAUUUCUCUCCAACUUUAUUAGUUGAUGUCACUCCUGAUAUGGAUAUUGCUACUAAUGAAGUUUUCGGACCUGUAUUGACAGUUAUUAAGGCAAGAGAUACAGAAGAUGCUAUCAAUAUUGCCAACUCUACUGAUUAUGGAUUAGGGUCUUCAGUUUUCGGUAGUAACUGGGAAGAACUAAACUAUGUUGCUAAUAGUAUAAAAUCUGGAAAUGUUGCAAUUAAUGAUUUUGCAACUUUUUAUGUUUGUCAAUUACCAUUUGGUGGUCAAAAAGGUUCAGGUUAUGGUAAAUUUGGUGGUGAAGAAGGGUUACAAGGUUUAUGUAACUUGAAAAGUGUAUGUUAUGAUAAGAUUCCUUUUGUCUCUACACAAAUUCCAAAACCUUUAGAUUACCCAAUUAGAGAUGAAGCUAAAGCUUGGAGGUUCGUUAAAGCUUUAAAUAUUGGUGGGUAUGAUGUAAGUUUGUGGAAUAGAAUUAAAGCUAUUGGAACUUUAGCCAAGAAUGCAAAAUGAACAAGUACAUGGUUGUUGUGUAAUAGAUGUGGUGGAUAUGUACAUUAUGAUUUUCACUCAAACGAGUUGAAAAGUAUAUAGAUAAUGAAAUUUCAUGAAAAAGUUUUCUUUUUAAAUCAUUUCAAAACCGAUUUUUCAGCAGCUUUAUAUUGGGUUUGUAAUUCUUCAGAAUACUUCUUGUGUAAUUUUUCAACAUCUGCCAAAGUUUUCUUGAUGACAUCUGUUUUUUCAAAUUUUUUCAAUUCUUUCAUUGCUGAAGCUCUAGCAAAAGAUAAUGAAUGCUUAUCAUUAGAAUUCUUGAAUUUUUCAAAAUCAACUUUU